CCAGACCUCGAGUGAACUGAUAAGCAUCAUGAUGUUUCUGUGUCGCUGGUCCUUUAACAGCCUCCUCCUCCUCCUCUCCUUAUUUUGAGCUGAUGUAGCCUCUUCUUCAGUUGAAUAACACACACACACACUCGCACGCGCAGAUGUGUGUACAGCAUGAUCAUCCCUCUCAUCCCUCUCAAGCCUCACUAAUCCAUCCCGUGAUAUCUGGAUCAGAAACACCUCAGCCCUCGGGGGGAAACAGCUGCACUGGAUGCUGGAAAACACCAGAAGCAUCAUCAUCAUCAUCAGCAUCAGCGAGCCGCAGACGCAUCUCUGAGACCGCGCGAGCGCUAUGGACGAACGCGACUCGAUUUAACCCGCGCGUUAAGAGCCUCAACAUCCUUCAAAACGGACGGAGUCGUGGAGCAUCGAGGGAAAACCCGGACCAAUCGGGACCAAGGGUUCAUGCCCAACAUGGAAAGGGGCAAACCAGCCACUUACACCGGCGACAAGAAGGCAAAGAUGGCUGCAAAGACCAAUAAGAAGUGGGUAAGACUGGCCACGGUGUUCGCCUAUGUUCUAUCCGUGUCUCUAGCCGCGAUCAUCCUGGCCAUCUACUACAGCCUCAUAUGGUCUCCAAAGCCCUCCUCCACCUCCACCCCCACCCCCCCGACCCCCGCGAGCAUCAACGGGACGCACAGCAUCAGCACGCGAACGCCACCGGCACCAACCAUCAACGCCACCGGCACCAACGCGUCUCUAGAGCAGACGCACGCGUCCCUCUCCAGAGGCGCGCGCUCCCAACCCGCGGAUCUCUACACACACAUGCCCAGAGACAUCUCGGACACUCAGACUGCAGAGAAAGCACGGAGAGAGCAGAGCGGGCGCGCGCAAGCGGAGACGCGCGCGGAGGACGACUCUAGACAAACGCACACAAAGACCUAAGACUUGAGUUUGAGACUUGGAAACAUUGCAGCUCGUUGGAAACGUUCACAGGCCGAGGCCCACGCAUAGCCUAUAUAGCAACGGCUCUGAUAGUGUUUAACCCUUCAUAUACUGUAGGCCUAUAACCUGUUUAACACUCGACAUCUCCAUGCAGUUGAUUUUUUGGGGGGAGCAUGUCAUCCGAAACGACUGUACAUUGCACUCAAUGCCUUGAUUCGAACAGCCAUUCAUUUUUCUCUUUUGGGUGGGAGGGGCACAAGCUUUUACAAAACAGCCAUUCUAAAAGCUUGCAUGAAUUCCAACUAAUUCUGUUAACCGAUUUAAUCAGGAUUCUUGUGUUAGAGGAACCUGUGUCGAUGCUCAGGUAUGUGCAGAUAUCCAUGUAAAUGUGUUGUUUGGUACAUGCUCUGGAGACUUUUAGCAGCACUAGAUCAUUUUUUUAUAACAAGUGAUGUACCAUAAGUGUAGAAUACAUCAGCGUGAUGGUAAAUAAACUACCUGUAACUAUA